UGACGUGACGUGACGCAGUUGAUCCAAGAUGGCGUCGCGGUACUACCAGGAGAUGCAGGAGAGCUUCAGGGGCAACAACAAGAGCCGUGAGUUCCCGGCGCACACGGCCAAGGUGCACUCGGUCGCGUGGAGCUGCGACGGGAGGAGGCUGGCUUCCGGUUCCUUCGACAAGACCGCGAGCGUCUUCCUGCUGGAGAAGGACCGUCUGGUGAAAGAGAACAACUACCGGGGUCACGGGGACAGCGUGGAUCAGCUCUGCUGGCACCCCACCAACCCGGACCUCUUCGUCACGGCCUCCGGAGACAAGACCAUCCGCAUCUGGGACGUCCGCACCACCAAGUGCAUCGCCACCGUCAACACCAAAGGGGAGAACAUCAACAUCUGCUGGAGCCCCGACGGCCAGACCAUCGCCGUGGGCAACAAAGACGACGUGGUGACCUUCAUCGACGCCAAGACGCACCGCUCCAGAGCCGAGGAGCAGUUCAAGUUCGAGGUGAACGAGAUCUCCUGGAACAACGACAACGACAUGUUCUUCCUCACCAACGGGAACGGCUGCAUCAACAUCCUGAGCUACCCGGAGCUGAAGCCCAUCCAGUCCAUCAACGCUCACCCGUCUAACUGCAUCUGCAUCAAGUUCGACCCCACGGGGAAGCACUUCGCUACGGGCAGCGCGGACGCCCUGGUCAGCCUGUGGAGCGUGGAGGAGCUGGUCUGCGUCCGCUGCUUCUCCAGAUUGGACUGGCCGGUCCGGACUCUGAGCUUCAGCCACGAUGGCAAGAUGUUGGCUUCGGCCUCCGAGGAUCAUUUCAUCGACAUCGCGGAGGUGGAAACAGGAGAGAAGCUGUGGGAGGUGCAGUGCGACUCGCCCACCUUCACCGUGGCCUGGCAUCCCAAGAGGCCUCUGCUGGCCUACGCCUGCGACGACAAGGAGGGCAAGUACGACAGCAACCGGGAGGCCGGCACCGUCAAGCUGUUCGGACUCCCCAACGACUCCUGACCCGCCUCCAACGUCGCGUUCUUCCACCAGCAGAUGGCGCCGCUGCUCCUCAUUCCCCAUUAAAAACACAACUCCCACUGCUGUAACAUAUUAUGUUUUUUGUAAAAUAUGCAUUGUUUUGAUAUUAAAAUGGGUCUUUUCAUAAAUA